CAUGAUCUUAGUCUCCGUCGUAGGUCUGGGUCCUGGUCUCGAUAUUGGUCUUUGUCUGUUGAGAAGUUAUUGUUCCAUCAUCUUUCCGUCGUCAUAAUCUCUUGAAGUGGUGUUGCGUGGCUCUAUCUCGAAGCGCUCAAUCUUCCUUCGACGCUAUCCUUCUACCUCUCUCACUUGUUCUUAUCCAUCUUGCUUGCGUACCUGUAGCUUUUCUGAGCAACAUCAAUUCUUGAAUUCUCUUACAUUUUUCUGCUCCGUGUUUCUUCUCCGUGACUUGCUCCACUCCUGCCCUGCAACACCCCCCGCCUGCUUCGCCUUCUUCUCUUCUUGAGGUGUAUUAGAACCCCACCCUUGUUUUUCUGCCUUCCCUCUGCAUCAGCUCCCGCAUCCUUUCUCCAAUUUGUUGGGUACAUUGGGUGACCUUGACUCAUCUGUCGGCAUAUGUUCACUCCAUCGUGUGUUUGGGUCAUCUUCUACCAUAAUUGCCUACAGAGUUCAUGCUCUUUUGUUAUUCGAUUGGGUAAUUUGAUUUGAUUUGAUUUGAUUUAUUUAUUUAUUUAUUUAUUUAUUUAUUUUGGUUUGAAUCGCCCACCCAACAAUUUCCUGAGAUACACAUGCGGGAUAUACACUAUACAGUGCGAUAUACAUGUGCACGGCGACCAUUUCACUUACGCCUGUUCGUAUUUCAUCCUCCCGUUUAUGGUGGUUGGCCCUUCUCCCUGUCUUGGCUUUCGCCAAGUAUUGCACGUUUCACCAUUUGAGUGUCUUCCUUGCUUUGCUGUAUGAAUUUGCAAGUUAUGAAUCUCUUACAGUAGCUAAGGCGAUUCCGUAGUGACACAGACAUGCAAACUGCACAAUCCAGAUGCUUCAAACUGUCAUUGAAAUAGUGUGCGACGACGAACGGCUCCAGCCCUCUUGAUGAAUCCUGAUUUUACUCCGAGAACUUCAAUUUGAGGGAGUGCUCACGAUUACGGACCACAAACUGCACACAUGUCUCAAACGCGGCGAACGAUGUUCUUGCCAGGUCCCAGAAGGUCCUCCACGACUUUAUCGUACAUGCGAAGAAUUGGGCGAGUAGGCUGCGACGUGCAGCAUAUCCUCGUUCCUUUUCGCGCCCUUCAACGGCAAUUUCAGUGCUUAACGAACCAGGUGGCACUGUCCUACUGUGAAACUAUUUCGACCCAGCCCGUUGUUCUGUACACUUUAUGUUGGACUCUGUUGCUUGCGGCCAUCGUAACGAUCACAGCACUAAGCUUAGAAAUGGGAUUCAGCGCCAGCCUUUCUCCAUCCAUGGAAGUCGUACAACAAUGUUCAAAGGAUAUCAAUAAAGCAACCUUAGCCUGUCAGCAAUGCUCCCGACUACCACUUGACGGUCCUAGUGACCUCCUUUGUGUCCCGGCAAAUCUCUUCCGGAAAACAAGAAUGGAUUUUGCGGUGCCUCCGAUAUUCGCUGGCCUCGUUGUUGCUGCCUCAGCUUUGUUUGUACAGGGCAUGGGCCUGUGGGAUUACUAGACCGUGACGGGCACCUGCUCUUUUGAAUCAACCAACACUGGCUCCUGGAUGGGUUGAGAAGUCCAAGAGAGCUGACUCAUUUAAUGGAUGCGUUCGAACGUUUUGCUGGAGCCACUUUAAAGCUUCCGUCACUUUUAUUGGAUGCGAUACAAGAGAACAUCGCCAGUGAUAGAAAUGGUUGCAGGUCAACUUGUUGCAACCAGAGUACUGUAUAUUUCGUAACAUCCAACAGCUGCGAACAUAGAUGACGAGGAAAUUAGGUGUAACGUGAAGGUUUUGAAGUAUGUUGUACAAAACUUAGAUUCCUGUUUGCAAUUCGCCUUCAUUUCUAGCAUGACCAAGGGAUUGGAAAUUUAGAACCCUGCGGUCCAUUUCUGUUUGUUAAGGAAAUCUCAAUGGCUAGUAUUCGACGUGAUUGAGUGCCAACAAUCACGUAUUAGAAAAUUAUACUUCGUCCCAUCAUAUCCAGCACCCUGGCUUUCCACAGAUAAACAUCUGAUGUGGCGAUCUCUGAGCGGGGCCUUGUACAUUGUCAUCGCUUAUUUGAGCAUUCCCCGAUUUGCGAAUAAAACAGGCCAAAAGCGUGUCGUGAUCAUCUUGCUAUUGCA